AAUCUCUCGUCAUUAUCUCUCUUCGUCGUGCGUGUUUCUCACUCUCACUCUCACUCUCUCUCUCUCUCUCUCUUUCUCUCUCUCCUUCUCUCUCUCUCUCUCUCUCUUUCUCUAUCUAUCUAUUUCUAUCCUCUUUUCUAUCUAUCUUAAUUUAUCUUAUUAGUCUACGUUAAAAAUAUUUUUCUCUCCUUUGUCUUCCUUCCCUUCUUUUUCUAUUUCUAUUUCUAUUUCUUAUUCUUCUUCUUCUUCUUCGUCCUCCUUAUCUUCUACUUCCAACGUAGGAUAAAAAUCUUGAAGGCGAAGAUCGAAAGAAGUCCGUCGUCAUGGCGCAUCGAAGCGAAUCCUUCAAAGCACUCUGUCUAUUGUGGUGUGUCUUGGGCAACGUGUUCAGUGUUCCUACUCCAACCACAUCGCCCUUAAAAGUGGAAGAUCACAGGUAUACGACACGUAGGAUACCGAAGACUAUAGUCGAUUUGCCAACUCAAAGAACCAGAUUGCCAAUUACCCCAAUGAAUUUGGAGACAAAGACGUCGACUACGUCGAUACCGAUGACGACACACCACAGAUCCAUAUCCGGAGAGAAUCCGAUUUAUCGUUUGAACGGAGCUAAUGGACAAGCUUGCAUCCUCCUACAAACAGACGCUGUUAUAGCAAUAAAAUAUCGCACCGUUCUAGGCGAAGAUCGAGUGGCAGAUUUAUUUGUGCCCGACGAUGCAAUGGUCACAGGAAAUUGCGACAAUGAAAAUACGGUAACGAUGUCCUUGAAGUGGAACGCUUUUAUGCUCCUAUGGAGCUUCGCCAAGACGCCCGGCGGCGAACGAUGGUACGUUGAGAAAAUCGAAUUGACCUACAAUUCGAGCGACCGACAUUUCGAGCUAGUAGAUCAGCCAAAUAAAACUGUUCGCGUGAGUACCGGCUCGAAGCACAGUGCCAUGCUUUUUCCAACACCCGUUGGAAAGUCUUAUGCCUGUGACAAUGAAACGGAAAUUCAUUUAACCGAUGGCAAACAUACCGCCACCGUUAUCCUCAGAAAUAUGAAGCUUCAACCGUUCAAGUUUAAGAACAACGAAUUUGCCGCUGAGUUUUCUUGCGCAGCGUUAAGUGCACGAGCAAACGGAGACGAGACUGCACCGGUCGCGGUUGGUUCCACUUUGGCCGCUGCCGUCCUAUUAACUAUCACCGGUUAUGCGGCCUAUCGAUAUUUCAAAGUGAAGAAGGUCAAGUACGAUACGAUGGAGUAAAGCACUUUGCUCUUGCGAUCAAGGACACUGUCACGACGACAUGCCAAAGAGAUUACGAAUAAGAGACAGCGAGAUAAAAGGGAGUAAGAAAA